AUGACUACCUCAGAAGGCCCAGGACUGCUUCAUCAGCCAGUAAAAAUGGCCUGUAUUCAGUUUGCAAGUGGAUCGGAUAAACCCCUCAACCUUCGGGAAGCUCGCCAAUACGUGUUGGAAGCGUCAUCCCACGGCGCCAAGAUUGUAGUACUCCCAGAAUGCUUUAACUCGCCCUACUCUACGACAUCCUUCCCAGAAUAUGCCGAAGUCCUUCAACCGGCCCCGCCUCCGGAAUCCUCAUCCCCGAGCUUUUACGCACUGAGCAGUAUGGCCAAAGAUGCCGGCGUCUAUCUCGUCGGCGGCAGCAUACCAGAGUUGGAGCCCGACACACGCAAGAUCUUCAACACCACGCUCGUGUUCUCGCCUCACGGAGAGCUCCUCGGAAAGCACCGCAAAGCCCAUCUCUUUGACGUCGACUUUCCGGGCAAGAUGACCUUUCGCGAGUCAGACACUCUCUCUCCGGGAAACGCCAUAACCACAGUAGACCUUCCAGAAUAUGGUACGAUCGGACUUGGGAUCUGCUACGAUAUCCGGUUUGCGGAGUUUGCCACGGUUGCAUCUCGCAAAGGAGCUUUUGCUUUGAUUUUCCCCUCGGCAUUCAAUAGUACAACGGGACCUUUGCACUGGGAGCUUCUUGCCCGCGCAAGAGCCCUUGACAACCAACUGUAUGUGGCUAUGUGCUCGCAAUCGUACGAGCCGGGGUCCGGAUAUCCGGCUUGGGGUCAUAGCAUGGUGGUCGAUCCGAACGGGCAGAUCAUGGCGACUACGGAUAGGGGGCCGGCGAUUGUGUAUGCGGAUCUUGAUGAUAUAUCUAUCGGUCAGGCGAGAAGACAGGUCCCGAUUGGAUUCCAGCGGAGAUGGGAUCUCUAUCCCGACAUCUCCAAGCUUGUAUGA